AUGUGGGGAGGGCGGGUGGCCGUCCAGGUGCAAGGAGGCAGCGCCCCAGGGCGGCUUCCCGCCCAGUGUAGUCUAGCGCGGCCCGCCCGCUCGCCCGGGAUCUGCGGCCCGGAGCGGUUCUGCGCGGAAUACAGAGCGCACCCCGGGGGAGAGGGGGGGGGGACCCCGGGACCCCAGCGCCUCCUGCCGGCCGCGUUGUCACAGCGCGCUCGUGAGGCGGAAGGACGAGGUUUGAGGGAUCCCGAGUGUGGGGCGUUGGGCGAGGCUAAAGCGGAGAAUGGCCACGUGAAAAGCAAUGGAGACUUGUCCCCUAAGGGUGAAGGGGAGUCGCCCCCGGUGAACGGAACAGAUGAGGCAGCUGGGGCCACUGGCGAUGCCAUCGAGCCAGCACCCCCUAGCCAGGGCGCUGAGGCCAAGGGGGAGGCCCCCCCCAAGGAGACCCCCAAGAAAAAGAAGAAAUUCUCUUUCAAGAAGCCUUUCAAAUUGAGCGGCCUGUCCUUCAAGAGAAAUCGGAAGGAGGGUGGGGGUGAUUCUUCUGCCUCCUCACCUACAGAGGAAGAGCAGGAGCAGGGGGAGAUCGGUGCCUGCAGUGAGGAGGGCACUGCCCAGGAAGGGAAGGCUGCUGACACCCCUGAGAGCCAGGAGCCCCAGGCCAAGGGGGCAGAGGCUAGUGCUGCCGCCAAGGGAGGAGACGCUGAAGAGGAGGCGGGGCCCCAAGCCGCAGAGCCAUCUACUCCCUCAGGGCCGGAGAGUGAGCCUGCUCCUGCGUCGGCCAGCGCUGAGCAGAAUGAGUAGCUGGGUGGGGGCAGGUGGGUGAUCUCUAAGCUGCAAAAACUGUGCUGUCCUUGUGAGGUCAACUGCCUGGACCUGGUGCCCUGGCUGCCUUCCUGUGCCCAGAAAGGGUAAGGGGCUUGUUGCCCCCUCCCAGCCACAAUCCCUCUCCUCUCCCUCCUGUGGAUUCUCCCAUCAGCCAUCUGGUCUUCCUGUUAGGGCCAGUUAAAGGUGGUCCCUUACAGUUUCCCAAGUUAGGUUAGUGAUGUGAAAUGCUCCUAUCCUUGACCCUACCUCCUUCCCUGUCCCUUCCCCUACAGAAGGCAAUUGCUGGUUUUCUCCCUGGUUCUUUUCCAAGUAGGUUUUGUUUAUCCUACUCCCCAGAUCCCUGAGCCAGACAGAAGUGGGGUGCUUACACUCCCAAACCCUGAGUGUCCAGCCUUCCCCAUGUUGAGUUUUUAGUCUCUUGUGCUGUGCCUAGUGGCACCUGGGCUGGGGAGGACACUACCCCGUCUAGGUUUUUAUAAAUGUCUUACUCAAGUUCAAACCUCCAGCUUGUGAAUCAACUGUCUCUUUUUUGACUUGGUAAGCAAGUAUUAGGCUUUGGGUGGGAAGGGAGGUCUGU